AUGCACAGCUCACUCAUCACCGUUUUCCUGGCUUUCGCCGCCCUCCCUCUCGCUACUGCUGCCCCUACCGCCGAGGCAGAGCUCGUUGGCGUGUUCCGUCGCGCCACAGGCUGCACCAUCAACAGCGGGCAGAAGGGCGAAUGCGUAGCUACUGCUACUUGUAGAGGCGCUGGCGGCAGGUCUGAGGCAGGGCACUGUCCAGGCGCAGCGGACAUCCAGUGCUGCACGUACGGCGCUUGCACCGCUGGCGGAAAGGCGGGGCUCUGCCAGCCAUCUGAAACUUGCACCGGCACUAGAACCGCAGGCCUCUGCCCCGGCGCUGCCAACAUUCAAUGCUGCACCGCUGGCACCACAGGAACCUGCGGUCCCCCUGACGUCAACGCCGCAACAGUCGCCCUGAUCAAAGAAUUCGAAGGCUUCGUCAGGUCGCCCGCACCAGACCCGAUCGGCCUGCCCACUGUUGGCUUCGGCCAUUUGUGCAAGACGGCGGGCUGCGCGGAGGUGCCGUAUAAGUUCCCCUUGACUGAGGCACAGGCUGCUGCGCUGCUGCAGACGGAUUUGAAGACCUACGAAAAAUGCCUCGCAGACAAAGUCGCCGAUUCCGUCCGCCUAAACGACAACCAGUACGGCGCACUCGUCUCCUGGACCUUCAACGUUGGGUGCGGCAACAUGGGCUCUUCUACACUUGUGCGACGUCUCAAUGCAGGCGAGGCUCCGAACACGGUAGCGGCGCAGGAGCUGCCGAAGUGGAAUAAGGCUGGUGGCAAUGUGCUUGCGGGACUGACGAGACGGAGGGCCGCGGAGGUUAGGCUGUUCCAGACGGCGAGUGGAACCCAGGCGCUGCCGUCGAGGUGCUGA